AAUUUUAGAACAUGCAAUUAUGGGAGUGGCCAGCUGAUGUUUUUCUUUGGCGUUACAGAUAGACAAAAGAAGAAUAAACCGGUUAAAGCCUACCUGCUUAUAAGCGGGAAAAAAUAUAACUACCUGAAUUUUAUGACAGCAGGAUCGGACCGGAAGAAGACAAGUUCAUCAUGGGUAUCAAAUACAUUGCUUUCGCUUUGCUGAUAGUCCCUGUGUUGACACAAGUGCCACCUGGUCCGCCAGUCAUCACUGGACCACAGAUUAUUAUAAAUGGUGAUGCAGUUACCUUGACCUGCACUGUGAGUGGCGGUUCACCAACACCAACGGUCAAAUGGUUAAGAGACAACACUGUAAUUGAUGACACGUAUACUAUUACUGGAAAUCAAGUAGUUAACACGUAUUCGUUUACAGCUUCUAGUCGGGAACAUUUGGAAGUGUUCGAAUGUCAGUCUGAAAAUGGUGUUUUACAGAAUCCUCUAUCUAGAACUAAAUUCGUCGAGGUUUAUAGGUCACCAAACCAACCAACCCUGACAGGACCAACGUCGGUAGCUCCAGGAACAACAACAACUUGGACCUGUAGAUCGACAGGAGCCUACCCAAUACAGACAAUGACAAUGAGAAUUGGAAAUUCACAGUUCAGCAGCAAUCAGUUCAGAACAAACACACAAUUUAUAGCCAGUGAAGAAUCAUAUACUGUAGUCGGCACUCUGACCUAUGCACCAACACUAGCCAAUAAUGGACAGACACUUUUCUGUGAUGUUAGGCAUACAGACACGUUAACCACUCCACAAACAGUCAGUUUGCCAUUAACCGUUAUAUCCCCACUUUCGGUGACAGCCCCGAACACAUUUUACAAUCCAGCCGAGACUGAAACGAUCAGCCUGAUUUGCAUUGUCACUGCUGGAAAUCCUACUCAGAUUAGAUGGUACAAAAACAGUCAGCUUUUAAUAGUAACUGGUAGAUUCUCUGGGGGAACCGUCUCCGGUCCAGCAUUGACUAUUACAGGUGUCGUUAUGAGUGAUGCUGGUACUUAUAUAUGUGAAGCUACAGAUGGUGGCGCUACAGUAAGAACCAACAACAUCCAGUUGUCUCCAAUAGAACGAUCUGUAUCUGAGUUCGAAAUUAUUACGUCUAUCCUCAAUGGUUACAACAAACUUGUCAGACCCAUCGAUCCUGUAAACAACGUAACACACUCUCUGAUUCCAAAAGAAACCAUCGAAUUUGAUCCCAAGACAUUGCGUUUUGAAGCCAUGCAGUGCAUUUCAUGGAACGACCCACGACUUUCAUGGCCAAGAGGACAACCAAGAGUUAGCUUACCUUCAUCUGUGAUCUGGUUACCAGAUAUUGUUAUGUUAGGACAGGAAGUUAUGCACGAUUUUGAGGCCAAGGCGAUAGUUAUGAAAAACGGAGACGUGACGUAUUGUCCACAGGGUGUAAUUAGGUCCACAAAUUGUGAGGAAAAGUCGGGUUCAGUUUGGGAAUGCAACUUCAAAUUCCUAUCAUGGUCCUACGACAAAGUUAUGUUGGACAUUCACUUCCCAUCAGUCCUAACUAGACCGUCCAUCGAUAUGUCUAUCUACUAUGAACAUGAUGACUAUGAAAUCGUUAGUCAGUGUCCAGUACGACGUGAGAUGAGCUAUCCCUGUAGAGUUGGUACCUACCCUGAACUGACAUACACAUUUGUUAUCAGACGUCGUAGAUCCUACUGCAGAAACCUCAACGCAAGCCCAACUUGUAAUUAAAAUAAGUUUAAGUAAUACUAUGAUUGCAGCGAACGGUCGGCCAUCUUUAUCAACAAGACUUGUGUUGAUCAUUGUCCUCUCCAAUGAAAAAUAGACAAUUUUAGUAUAAGCUAGGCAUUGAUAUAGGUUAGAAAUUUGCAGUUAGAAGUAUUAAUAUUUUUCGUUUGCAAAUGUGAUAAAUUAGUUCAUAGUGCUGCAAUUAGUAAACUGUCAGAAUAUAUUAUUAUCUAGUUAUUAUAUAAGUACGUUCCUAUAAAAGGAAUUAUAGUUAAUAUUUGUUGUAAAGUGUAUAAUUAUAUAUAUAUAUAUAUAUAUAUACUUGCUAAAAAUUAAUACUCAAUAUUAAACAUAAAUAAUGUU